GGUUCAAGCUUCAUCUAAGAUUCACAAUGGAAGAGAAAAUGGCCACCUUCCUAAUGCUUCUACUGACGAAGCAUCUGGAAGUAUAUCAUCCCCAGAUACUGAGAUAGAUGAUGCAUGUGAUAGAGAGUUAUCCUUCAGGAUCUUUUUGUUAUUUAAUUUGGAAUUACUAAUGUGUGUUUUGAUCAACUUCAGGGACACUGAUACGAUCUCCCUCACUUCCUACAAGACAUUGUUG